CUUAGACGUAUGACAAUAUUCGCUAUACGUUCGCCGCAGACGCGCGCGCACCGCGAAUCGCUGAUAAAUUGACACACGAUAUUUUUUUGUCAUAAAAAGUGCCAGUGCUAAAAUUAUGUAGAAUAGUGAUUAGAAAUAAGUGACAUUUGUGAUUGGAUUAUUAAGUUUUUUUGCUGAAGUUAGUGUGUAAUAUAAGAAAAUGGAAGAGCACGAAGGACCAGAGCAGGCGCACAAACUACUUGGCCAGAAGACACAAGUCCAGAGAAGACCAGACAAUGCCCUUACAAAGACACUACGAUCAUGUUGCGUGAUACCCCAGCGUUACGUACUCGGAGUGAUGGGCCUACUAGGAGUGUGCAAUGCUUACACUAUGCGAGUAUGUCUGAACCUGGCAAUCACCCAGAUGGUGAUCCACGUACCGAAGAACACAACAGGCCUGCCACUCGGCUAUACUGAGCCUGACACUUGCCCCAAUGAGCUGCAUGCAAAGAAAGUUGCUACGAAUCCAUAUGCAAUGUUCGAAUGGGACGAAAAAACGCAAGGCCUUAUCCUCAGUGGCUUCUACUACGGGUAUGCGUCAACACAAGUCCUCGGUGGUUACUUGGCCGAGAAGUUUGGAGGAAAAUGGACCUUAGGAUUAGGUUUACUAAGCACAGCCUUGUUUACCUUUUUGACUCCAGUCGUGAUCAGAGCUGGAGGCGCUACGUGGCUGUUUAUUCUUCGAGUGCUUCAAGGAAUGGGUGAGGGACCAACGAUGCCAGCACUCAUGAUAAUGCUGGCGAGAUGGGUGCCCCCUCACGAAAGAGGGUUCCAAGGUGCCUUGGUGUUCGGGGGAGCACAGAUAGGAAACAUCUUCGGUUCAUACAUGUCUGGAGUGCUGCUGGACGAAGGCAGAGACUGGGCUUAUGUGUUCUACUUCUUCGGAGGGUUUGGUCUUCUCUGGUUCACAUUAUGGAGUCUUCUGUGCUACAGCACGCCCAACACCCACCCCUACAUUUCGAAGAAGGAGCUGAGCUACCUGAACACUCACGUGACUACAUCUGAGAACAAGUCUGCCAAAGACCCUGUGCCGUGGAAGGCCAUCCUUCGAUCAGCGCCCGCCUGGGCCUUAGUUUGUGCUGCGGUCGGCCACGACUGGGGCUACUACACCAUGGUGACCGACCUGCCCAAGUACUCGCACGACGUGCUCAAGUUCGACAUAGCCACUACCGGCAUCCUCACUUCCAUGCCUUAUGUCGCCAUGUGGAUCUGCUCCUUCCUAUUCGGGUUGAUCUGUGACCACUGCAUCAAGAAGGGCUGGCACACCAUCAAGACUGGCAGAAUUAUACACACUACCAUUGCGGCUACGGGCCCAGCGAUAUGCAUCAUUCUCGCUUCGUACGCGGGAUGUGACAGAACAGCUGCUAUGGCCUACUUCAUUCUUUCCAUGGCUCUGAUGGGAGGCUUCUACAGUGGAAUGAAGGUAAACGCCCUGGACCUUGCUCCCAACUAUGCAGGAAGUUUGACCUCAUUGGUCAACACGACCUCUACAUUCGCGGGGAUGGCCACACCUUAUCUAAUAGGGUUGAUGACGCCAAAUUCAACCCUAUCAGAAUGGCGAGGGGCCUUCUGGGUGUGUUUCGCAGUGCUCGUAGGCACAAACGUGGUGUACUGCAUCUGGGCGGACGGCAAGCAGCAAUGGUGGGAUGACGUCAGACAGUACGGGUACCCUCCAGGCUGGAAACACGGCUCUUUGAUCAAGGAAGAAGAGGUGGAACAACAACCAGAAUCGAUUAAACUGUCUGAUGGCAAGGAAUGAUGUUAAUAACUUGUUAGGUUUAAGUUAAGAAAUAGUUGAGAAUGUGAUGGCAGCGGGCUUUAAGCUCAUAAUAAAAUUAUCCCAAUGUAUAGUUAAAGUUUUUUAAUCAGGGCCUGUGCACACGUUUAUCUUCUGUAUCGCAAAACUGCGCGUUGUCGGUGUGUUCAAAAAUCGUGGUGUACACAAGCCCUUAGUAGAAAAUCAAUCAAAUUGUCACAGUGACCCUGAUUUGAUACCUAAGUACGUAUCAAGUAUAAAUACACUCAAGGAUAAAUUUAGGCCUGUAAUUGGUCCAAUUAUUGAAACUAAACCAGCAAUCACAGGUCUAAAUCUUAAAAGGGCUUCCUUUACCAUACGAGCCUUAGGAAUUAGGAAAUCGGUGCCAAUCGAAUAAAAUUAGUACAAGGGCAUAUUAAAAUAUUCUUGGUUAAUAUUUUUUAGCAAAAAGUAGACAAUAAAAUGUUAUAGGGUCGGUACCAAUCGAAUAAUUAGUAAUACACGAACGUAAUAAAAAAGCAACAAUAUUUUAUACGCAAAAGUACAAAAUAAAAUUGUAUGACCAUCGCAUUAUCACGAACCAGAUAAGUUCGAGUAGCUAUUUACGAUAACCAGUGAACUAGUCAGUGUGAAAUUGAAUGUAAGUGCAGUACAAAUAAAUAGUGCCGUAUUUUAUGAUAGUACUUACUGCAAAUAAAAUUGCCCAUAUCGGUGUCCCUAUCUUAUGAACUCCAUAAUAGAUUUAUGCCCGUUUUCACCAUCAAUCCACAAUUUUCAAGUUACCCCUAUGGUAACACAUUAGGUACAGGAAUUUUCACUUAACUCAUGGUCACUUAAAAAUUAGGGAUUGAUGGUGAAAACGAGCAUUUAGCCUUUAUUUUUAUGUACUUUAGAAUGUACUUAUUUUGUUACGUUAAUUAUCUUCUAUACUUAUAAUAAAUCUGUAGAGAGGUCAAUUCUGUACAUGAAAUAUAUUUUCAAAAUAACUAUCAGGGGGUGAUUAGUGAUCGAUACUGAUGCCAAAAAUGCAAUCAGUAAAAUUUUUGUCUGUCUGUCUGUCUGUCUGUCUGUCUGUCUGUCUGUCUGUCUGUAUGUUCCUUAUAGAAACAAAAACUACUCGACGGAUUUUAACGAAACUUGGUACAAUUAUUCUUCAUACUCCUGGGCAGGUUUUAGGAUACUUAGGAAUUCCCACGGGAACGGGCAUUAGCGGGAAAAUCCUUUUGUAUGAAAAAUCUAAACCGCUUAAGUUAGACGCUUGAAAUUUGGCAAGCAGAUACCUUAGUAAACUUAAAGCUUAGUUAUAACAGGAUAUUGCAAAAUUCCUACGGGAACGGGAAUUAGCGAGAAAAAACAUUUGUAUGAAAAAAUCUAAGCCACGUAACAUAGACGCUUGAAAUUUGGCAUGCAGGUACCUUAGUAAAUUUAAAGCUUAGUUACAACAGGAUAUUGCAAAAUUCUCACGGGAACGGGAGUUAGCGGGAAAAAACAUUUGUAUGAAAAUAUCUAAACCGCGUAAGUUAGACGCUUAAAAUUUGGCAUGCAGGUACCUUAGUAAACUUAAAGCUUAGUUACAACAGGAUAUUGCAAAAUUCCCACGGGAACUGGAAUUAGCGGGAAAUUCCUUUUGUAUGACUGACUCACUGACAUACCCACGCACAGCCUAAACGGCUAAACGUAGGCACUUGAAAUUUAUAAGGGACGUAGCUUAGGUACCGUAGAGGUGCACUAAGAAAAGAAUUCCCGAAAUUCCCACAGGAACAGGAAUUACCGGGAAAAUCCUUUUGUAUGAAAAAUCUAAACCGCUUAAGUUAGACGCUUGAAAUUUGGCAUGAAGGUCUCUUAGUAAACUUAAAGCUUAGUUACAACAGGAUAUUGCGAAAUUCCAACGGGAACGGGAGUUAGCGGGAAAAAACAUUUGUAUGAAAAAAUCUAAACCGCGUAAGGUAGAUGAAGGGGGUAAAAUGGUAUCCACGCGUACAAAGUCGCGGGCGGCCGCUAGUUGUAAAUAUUUUUACUUAAUAUUGUAACAGUGUUAUUUCUGUAAGCAUCAAGUUAUAUUUCUAAGACCUGUUAUAAGAUGUAUUGCCUUUUUGACAAUAAUAAUCAGUUAUGUUUAAAAUUAAAAAUAUUUCUAGUUGUUCGUUACAUUUUUAAAUGAGAUAAGAAAAAAAUGUGUGGUAAAAUAAAUGAUUGUCGCCUUGGUAGCCAUUCCGCAAUACACUUCUGUAAAAGCGAAUGUAUGUACAACCAAUUUAUCAAUACAUUCCAUUGGGAAAAGACAUUUUCUUUCUAUCUUUUCAUUACAUUCGUUAUGAUAUUACCUCCAAUACACGUACCCUCAUUUUCUGGGCCAGUUGUUCAGGAAUCAGGAAAUUACCUGGGGCAACGAAUGGGAUUUAUCGUUUUGUGUUCAAAUGGACAAUUUUUAGAUAAUGACGAUUUUAUUAGUAGCUUUAUUUUACUGUGGGGUUGGUUUAAAAAAUAAACCUAAUUACCAUACGUUUUUUAUCUAACAAAUAUGAAGGUUUUCAUGAAAAGGCCAAAAAAGGCGAAACGCAUUUUCAUAGUACUGUACUUUUAAGCAUACUUGAUUGUAAAUGAUAAUAAAUUAUAAAAAAGUACAUAUCUGUAUACAUAGUACCUAUUUUUAUAUUUGCAUAAUAUUUUGGUAGGUAAGAGGAUUUUUGAAAGUGAUUUGACUUUAUACCAGCAUUUUUAUAAGAUAUUACCAGCCCCAUCCCUAAUUUUAAAUUUAAGUGAAAAUGUAAAGACGACAGCGCAUCAGGCUUCUGUGUAGUUGUACUAUUUGCUAUUUUGAAACACUUUUUUUUAAAUCUGAACUUGAAGUACUGUCGUCUCUACAUCUUGAAUCAUUUACUGCCUUAUGAUUGUUAAGUACCAUCUGAAUAAAUAAUUUACUCAUUUUA